GUCUCAUUUCGCGAGAUAUGAGAAUGUGAGAUCAGGAAAUAUGAAAAUUUGCAAAACUAGGCAUCCCAGACAACAAAUUUCUUAUUUGGAUAAGGCUGUGUAAACAACCUUAUAUUUUUCAUAUGCAAAUGAUCAGGUAACUUAUCAUUUGACCAAACAAGUGGUGAAAACUAAAUUGAAAGCCCAGUGUUGAAAGCCAGUUUCGGUAGUCUCGAUGUCGUUUCGAGCUAUGAACAAGGUGAAGGUGAUUUAGCAUGGCGGAUAGGCUCACACAACUGCAAGAUGCUGUUAACCAGAUGGCAGAUCAUUUUUGCAACAGUGCUGGCAUCUUGCAGCAGUAUGCACCCCCUGGGCAGUUCACAGGCUUUGAAAAGAGUGGCUCCAAACCUCCUGCAGUCACUCAGGAAGAAUAUGCUGUACUUUUUGCCAAGUUGAUAGCUAGAACUGCAAAGGAUAUUGAUGUUCUUAUAGACUCCCUGCCAAGCGAAGAGUCCUCAGCUGAGCUACAGGCUGCCAGUUUGAAGAGACUUGAGGCUGAAAACCAGGAUGCAGCAAGGAGACUGGAAGAGGUUAUCAUGAAGGGAGAAGCAUUGUUAGAACAGAUACAGCAGGCUUUGUCUGACAUUGCCUCAUCCCAGUUACAAAGUCAGAGUCUUAAGAGUGGGGACUGAAAUGAGAACUCUGGUUCUUGUUGAAAAUUGCUCAGAUCGAAAAUGCCAUAGGUGCAUCUUCUCAGUUAUGGAGGCCCAGCCUAAACAAGGAGAAUGCAUGUAAAUUGUGGGUUUCAAGGAAAAACAAGUCCUCCACCAAAGGUAGCAAGGUCCCAAAGACUGGUUAUAUAUUUGCCAUCAAAAUAUAACAAGCAAAAUCUGGCUAUUAUUUCUUUUCAAAAAUAGAAAGUGAGAUGCACGUACCUGUGGGCACUAGUACCUUGCAUCUAUCUUGUGGUUGAUAGAAACUGGCAGAAAAAAAUGUAUAACCAAAGUAUGGAGAGAAUUAUAUAAGAGAAAACUAAAAUUAUGUGAAUGGUGUUUAUUUAAAAAAAAAAAAAGGAGAUGGAAAGCACAUAGCAUUGCUGCAGUCUGUAUGUCCGUACCCGUUUCACAAAAUCUUAGUCACUUAAAUACAGGUAAAAAAAGAUCAUGUUAUUUGAUGUGAUCAUUGGAUGUACAUUUUACAUUGUAGUGUGCUAGAGAAGAAGUCUGUUGUUUUUGAACUUCUUCCUCCAACCAAUGUAACCACCUUGGAGGCCAUAUUGAUAUUGAAAGCCUUUGUCUCACUCUUACUUGCUGGAAGUGGAGUUUGUAUGUAUACUUUUUCAGCAGUAGUGUACCACAUGCCACAGACAGAAGAAACCUAUUGUUU